AUGCGAAGCGCAUCGCAUGUCUUGGUCAUUCCAAACGCCACGGUCAGUAUAUACACGAGGCUGUGGUGCGUGUAUGAGGCUUACCUAGGCACUUGCUGGCAUAAGACUUGCCUUAUGCCUACGCAGCCUCGACAGGUUGUUCAACGGUCUGUUGUCGCAUACACAGUCAUCUUUCCGAUUGGACUGGGCUUGCUAUUGGGAUCUCUUUGGUUGGCAUUCGUUUCUUCCCAUUUCGCCCUCUCUUACAGCCUGGCCACUAUGCUCAUGUUCGUGAACGUCACGGGGACAGCAUUGUGUUUCCUCCUGUCGCUAUUGCUGAAAUUGACCGUUUUCCAGUUCGUGAAGACCUGGCGCGUCUGGAUGAAGAUGAUGAUCGUGCGCACUCUGCAUAUACUCUUGCUGCCCCUAUGCACAGCCGUUGCCUGUGCCUGGUACAGCAUGAAGACACGCAGCUUCUCUACGCCUUGGCAACAUUUCCUGCACUAUUUCAUUCCAUUGGCACUGGUGCUGUUCAACUUGCUGCGCAUCACUCAGCUGAAUCAGCAACGCUUGGAGGGUCUGGAGCUCUCAAGACAGGCCUCGCAUUUACAUGUCCAGACGCUGGACGAGGCAUCCUGCACCAACCCGAUCGAUGAGCAGCGCAUUCGAGAGGACAUUCAGGGGCAUGAGGCCGAAGUGGACAUCACCAUCCGCGUGCUUAUGAAAGCCGGAGCCUACAAUGAUGCCCUUCGAAAUGCCUUCGAAGCGGGGUUUGACAUCUCCGGAGUUGGCAAUACAGACCUCUUGGCAAAGAUGGGUACGGCAACUCUGCUCUGGAUUCUGGCAAUUGUGGAUUCUGCAGGCUUCGCAGACAAUUACUUUUCCUGUAGCAUUGGCAGCGUAAGCUGGCUCUACCUGUCCAUUGCAACAUCAGUCGUGAUGACGAUCACUCUCCCGGUUUUAAUUUGGCGACUGCACCUCCGUGGGAAUCACCACAGCGCUUUCGCUGUUAAGGUGUGGAUGAAUGCCGCGUCGUUAGCUUUGGGCAUCCCUCUUCUGGUGCAGAUAGAAGAGCACCUCCUGCAUGCAAUGCAUUUCAUGGAGGAGGCCGACACAGUAGGCCAGGUUUCGCAUCACCACGAGCAUUGGUGCCCGCGUUGGUACGGAUGGUUCAUGGUGGCGUGCUUCAGACCCGUCGUCUCUGUUCUGGCGGCUGUCGCAGCCGU